UUUUUUUUUUUGUUUUUUUGUUUCUGGGGUGCAUUCCAAACAAUUAGCCUGAAAUCAAUGUGCUUGCUUCUCAUCCCGUACGACAGUCGCCUUGGCGAGUCCUUUGGACGAAUCAUCUAGUUCUACGUUGUGUUAUUUUCGGCCCGCCGAGCCUGUACAGCUCUGGCACACUUGCUUGCCGGCAUUGAGCUCGAGGCCAGAUCCCCCAUGCCCUAUGGGGACCUGCCGGUCGAUCUAAUCUCCUCGUGUCUCGCGAAACCCCAUUGGACACGCUUUCCUAUGUCCCUAGCAGUUUAGCCGGACAAUGUACUGUAGCGUUUGUCUAAGUAUGAUAGACGGGAAAAUGACCGGUUGAAACGCUGUAGAAUAUGGUAGUUCUUUAAGGUGGCCUUCCCCCCGCAUGCGAUGUACUGUUGUAGGGUACGAACGUGUGUCUUCAACUCGGUCGUAGAGACUCAUUUGCCAAACGACUGACCCCUUUUACUGAAUGCACAAUGGGUUCAGACACCUUCGAGCUUGCCGGUCGGCAGUUCCCCAAGGUGACAUGGUGGAAGAAUCCAGGAAUGAGAAAGACCUACAUCUGUCUGGGAAUGGUGGUUCUGACGGCGGCCACGAAUGGUUACGAUGGAUCCAUGAUGAACGGUCUCCAAACCCUCGAACCCUGGCAGGAAUACUUCAAUCAUCCCGGUGGCUCUCUUCUGGGAAUACUGAGUGCCAUCAUGUCCCUGGGAUCCCUAGCAGCUCUACCAGUCGUGCCGUACACUGCUGAUCUGCUGGGACGUCGGAUGGGUAUCUUGAUCGGUUGCUUGGUCAUGAUCUUGGGAGUUGUCCUUCAGAGCAUUAGUACCAAUUACGGCAUGUUUUUGGCAGCUCGAUUCCUGAUCGGUUUCGGCGUCGCCAUUGCCCACGGCGCCUCUCCCCUAUUGAUCACCGAACUGGUGCACACCCAGCACCGUGCCAUCUUCACCACAAUCUAUAAUACCACGUGGUAUUUGGGCGCCAUUGUCGCGGCGUGGCUCACCUUCGGCACCAACAAUAUUUCGAACAACUGGUCCUGGAGAGCUCCGACAAUCGUCCAGGCUGCGCCGUCGGUCCUUCAAAUCAUCUUCAUCUGGUUUGUUCCCGAAUCACCUCGAUUCCUCAUCUACAAAGGCAAACACGAGCAGGCUCUUAAAGUUCUGGCGGACUGCCACGCCAAUGGCGACCAAGAGGACGAAGUGGUUCAGCUGGAGAUGCACGAGAUCAAGGAGACCAUUCGGCUAGAGAAGGAGUUCGAAAGCAACAGCUGGAUGGAACUGAUCCGCACCAAGGGCAACCGGCACCGGCUUAUCAUCUGUAUCACGGCCGGUCUGUUCUCUCAAUGGUCCGGCAACGGCCUGGUGUCCUACUAUAUUGCCAAAAUUCUUGAAUCAGUCGGAUACACCAGUUCCGUGGAGCAGAACUUGAUCAACGGCUGUCUCCAGAUCCUCAACCUGAUCGUGGCUUUGACGAUGUGCUUCUUUGUUGACAAGAUCGGGCGACGCAGGCUCUUCCUCACCUCGACGGCCGGCAUGCUGGUGGCGUUCAUCGUGUGGACCAUCUGCUCCGCUCGCUAUGAUAUCAGCAAGGCGUCGGGGGCGGCGAAUGCGGUGGUCGCCAUGAUUUACAUCUACUAUGUGUUUUACAACAUUGCUUGGUCGGGUCUUCUGGUGGGUUACACGGUGGAGAUCCUCCCGUACAGUAUCCGCGCCAAGGGUAUGACAAUGGUGUGGCUCUGCAUUGAUGCCGCGCUUUUCUUCAAUCAGUACAUCAACCCCAUCGCCCUCGAUAACAUUGGCUGGAAGUACUACAUCUUCUACUGUGUAUGGCUUGCCGUCGAGCUGGUAGUGGUCUGGUUCUUCUACAUUGAGACACGUAAUACCCCGCUAGAGGAAAUCGCUCGAUACUUCGACGGGGAGACCGCCAUGGUCGGCGGUGCUGCCGCCACUGAGAAAGCUCGAGAGCUGGUAGAUACACUGCAUGUUGAGGAGGUCGUCCCGACUAGUGAUACAAAGAAGGAUCAGGGUCGCGUGAGUGAGUCGAAGGUUUGAGAAUGGUCUCUUCAUGGUGGUUAUUGUACCUAGUAAUUGGUGUUGUUCGGUGGGGAUCUCUGGGACUUCGAU